CUUAGCGCGCCUUUGUACCAUACUAUACUCGAAUUCAUUCUAAUACGACGUAAUGACUGCGAAGCCUUUCAAGCCAUCCAAGACACCCUAUACACCAGUAUUCUAUUCUAGCCCUUUUUCUUCCUCAAUGUCGUCGUCUGUGGCAUCUGGGCACCGCUCACCGUCAAUAUAUCUGGACCAACUAUCUCAAUAUCAUUUAGCGCUAGCUGGAUUGGAAGAAAUUCCAGCGUCGGAUUGUGGCACUGACUUUGACGAUGAUGCCCAGCAUCGUGUGCGCGCACUGCGCGACCGCGUUAUCGAAGCUCUUGAAUACAGCAAUGGAGAUCCCGCGGAUGGCAAAUGGUCUCGCUUGAAGGACCUGCUCCGACUUCGUUCCACCACCGCCGGCAAGCGGUGGAUUGGCGUUCGCGCUGACGGAUUGGAGGCGAGCCCUGGACCCGGCGGAUUCCUUUUGGUGGACACCGAAGAGCAGUGGUUCGAAUGGGAGAAACGGAGAGAAGCAGAGAAAAUGUUGAAGAGCAAAGUGGAGAACUGGCAGAAAGAUGUUAUCGUUCAUGCUGAUCCUACUUUGGACGACAUGGAGCCACUACCAGGCAGGGAGAAAUCCAGGAGCAAGUCAAAAGAAAACGCAGAGGUCGAUGUUCCUGCAGCCAAGUCCAACUCAAAGGGCGCAAGCAAGACCGACUCUUCUGCUACCAAUGCCCCCAAAAGUGGUGAUAUUAAGGACCCGUCUCCAUUGGGAUUCAAUGUUUCGAAGCGUAGAGGUGCCACGAAAAAGAGGCCGUCUGCAGCACCGAAAGACAAAUCAGACGACAUAUACGCGCCUGGCAAUGGAGACGUCAGCAUGGUUUCUGCAGCUAAAAUAAACAUCAGUGAUGUUUCCGAGACGGCUUUUUUCCCACCUUCGUUUCCUACGGGACUGGAGACGUCUACUCCGCCGGACCUUGUACGCAAGAAACCUCCCCCAAUUAUCCUUGUUCCAUCGUCUUCCCCAUCGUCAUCUCCGAAUACGAAACCCCCACCCUUGUCUACAGAUAUCUCAACUUCUCCAGAACGGAGUGGUACCCACCGCCGCCAAGCAUCAUCUCCAAUUCCAGGGCUAACCCUGCUUAGACAACAUUCCACGACGCCUGAUAGGCCUUCGAAGCGUAUGCGGGCAGAACCGCCGUCUUCAGGCUCUAGCAAUAUCACACCUCAGCUGGAGGCUUCCCCAUUGGCUGAUCUAGUUGCCAGGAAGCAUCAAACGGCAACUCCGACGACGCCUCAGGCCAAGCCCCUACCGACCCUAUCAGAGCUUCUCGCCUCAGCUAAAAAGACACCAAAGGGCAGAGGUCGCGUUUUUUCCAAACCACGGUCGCCCGUCAAGGCUCCCGUACCAAUUGUACCGGAGGAGCCUGUGAAUGUAGACCCAGACCCAGACCCGGACCUGUACCUGGACAUGGAAGUCGACCUCGCAUCACCUGCCAAGUCGUUAUCAUCUAUUGCUGACGAGGAUUCUGAUGGUGGUGAGGACGGCGUUGGUGGCGCCCUUCCUGACUUUACAUACGAUGCUGGGGCGUUUAAACCACCUUUUGCAUCUACACAGCUCCAGGGCUCGCAAUUGGGAUAUAAUUCCCAGGUGGACGUGGAGCGAAAUGUCAAUGAGCUGGAUAAAUUUCUGGCCAGAGAUGUCGAUAUGAGUGGAGAUGAAGACGACGAUGUUUUCAGGCGUAGGGAUGGAGACGUAGAUUAUGCUACAUGGCUGAAACCUGAAGUUCUGGCUAGUGCUAGCAGCGAAAAGAGCUCUUAAGAGGUGCACCAGGGCGUUGUUGCCUAUUUAAUCUUUUUCUUGUAUCAUCACCCUGUUCAAUGCUACGCAACAGCCGUCAAAAUACUGAUUAACAAUGUAUGUACAUAAAUAUGUGCACCAAGAAGGAGGUCGUGAUAAAAAAGUGUAGUACCAUAGUGAUAAUAUUAUAUUACAGCCC